AUGUUGUUGCCCUCAACGCCCUGGGCGGCGCUCCUGCUGGCCAGCGUCUUUUCUUCCGCCGCGAAGGCGGACGACUGUUCAGUCGACCCGUUAGUUUUACCCGUAAAAAACGUUACCUUUCCGAAUGGCAUCGGUGCCAACCGCGGCGUCAAGCUCACGCUUGGAGGCCAGGUUCAAGGCAUGCGCAUGUCUACUAUUUUGAACAAUACGCGAGUGAGGAAUAUUCUGGAUUGUCCGGACGAGGACACAUUGGCUUUCAUCGGCUGCCAAGGCGCGUCCGGUAGUGUGUACGAUACGAAAGGGUCAUUCAGCCAAGUUUACAACAUCAAGGACUGGAACGUCUCAUUCGUCGAUGCACAGCCUGCCGACGGCAUCACGACGGUGCUCCAUGGUUAUGAUGUCGCCAACUUCACCGACGGCCCGGCUGUCAUGUACGGAUAUCCGUUCGAAGUCUGGGCGGAUUUUGAUUCCAUGAACAAGAGCGCUCUUGCACUUGGCCCCGACUCUUCCACGAUAGACUUGUUCGUGGACCACAAGCUUGCACCGACAUCAAGUUGGAGUCUCGACUACGGCUCAACGUCCGAACUCUACCCCCGCGAUGGCCAACUCGUCUUUGGUGGUGUCAACGAAGCCCGGUUCAACGAAACGCUCAAGACCGAAUUCAGCAUGUGGGGAGCCGGCGCACCGGUGCCUUGCCCGCUGCAGGUUCUCAUCGCAGACAUCACCCUGACCAACGAAGACGGCGAGCACUCCCUGUUCACCGACGUGGGCACCCGAGUAUCCGCGUGCAUUGAUACCGUCCAGAACGACUUCACCUUCACACCGAACAUGUUCUCGCGGUUCCAGAACUUCACCAACCACACCACGACAUUCAACGGAACCACAUUCAACCAGCAAACGUACCCUUCCAGCCUCGAGUCCAUGAUUGGCACUCUCACCAUCAAACUGACGAACGGGUACACCACCGUUAUCCCUCAUUACGAGUUGGUGUCUCAUCAGCGGGGCACAGAUUCCCGCGGCCGAUACGCCGUCACAAACAAUACUCACAUUCAGGCCACCGUGAGCUCCGGCAUGAGCGACUUGGGAAACAAUGUCCCCAUCCUUGGUGGCGUAUAUCUGUCUCAAAACUACCUUCACGUCGAUUACGAUGCGGGCAAGUUCUGGCUUAGCCCUCAGGUCGCCAACGGCACGCUACCGGAUCACAUAUCUUCGACCUGCAACGGAACCAGCACCAGCAGCAGUGGUGGUACGGCGAUGGGCGUCAAGGUCGGCGUUCCGGUAGCCAUCGGCGCGGCCCUGAUCUUCUUCGUCGCCCUCUGGUUCUGGGUGAAGAACCGCAAGCGAAGAUCCGACCCGGCGCUCGUCGGCGCCUCCAGAUCCAUCCCCCGGACCGAGAAGCGUGACGCCCCCGACUCCAAGUCCUCCACGACACGAUUUGCCGGCUACACAAACUACCACGCCGUCAACCCAGAUAACAGCAUGGAGCUCGAAGGCGACCUCGGCACGAGGCGCGCGGAGCUGGAAGAGCCCGCUCCGGCGUACUCGCGCGCGUCGGAGUGGCCCCGUAUGAACUCCAUUCAAGGGGAGAACAUGACUUACUAUUCUCGAUCGCCGGAAGAGGGCGAGAGCUACGAGCUGGCGGAUACUUCCAUGUCGCCGUCUCCCGUCCCCCCGACCUCUCCCAUGCCGCCGCCGGUGGUCACCCGACCGCCCGCGAAGAGGCAGGACACGGCCGUGUCGGCCAUGAGCGACACGUUUACGCAGAGUCCGACGGCGUUACGAAAGCAGAUAUCAAAUUUCAGCGAUCUUGUAUCGCCGACGAGCACACGGGCAAACAGCACGAGGAUACCAUAA